GCUCAUCGAGUUCAAAAUGGCAGAGAAGGCUCCCCCUGGCCUAAAUCGAAAGACUUCAAGGUCUACUCUUUCCCUUCCUCCAGAACCUGUGGAGAUCAUCAGAAGUAAAAAUUGUUCCCGGAGAGUUAAAAUAAAUGUAGGUGGCCUAAACCAUGAAGUGCUGUGGAGGACCUUGGAUAGACUUCCAAGAACACGAUUAGGGAAGCUCCGAGACUGUAAUACUCAUGAAACUCUUCUGGAAGUGUGCGAUGACUACAAUUUGAAUGAGAACGAAUAUUUCUUUGAUCGGCAUCCAGGAGCUUUUACGUCCAUUUUAAAUUUCUACAGGACAGGGAAACUCCACAUGAUGGAAGAAAUGUGUGCCCUCUCUUUUGGCCAAGAGCUUGAUUACUGGGGGAUUGAUGAAAUAUACUUAGAGUCUUGUUGCCAAGCAAGAUACCAUCAAAAGAAAGAACAAAUGAAUGAAGAGUUGAGACGAGAGGCAGAGACUAUGAGAGAGAGAGAGGGAGAAGAGUUUGAUAAUACCUGCUGUCCUGAAAAAAGGAAGAAACUCUGGGACCUGCUAGAGAAGCCUAAUUCAUCAGUAGCUGCAAAGAUCUUGGCCAUUGUAUCCAUUCUAUUCAUCGUGCUAUCCACCAUUGCUCUGUCUCUCAACACCCUACCUGAACUUCAAGAAGUGGACGAAUAUGGUCAGCCCAAUGACAACCCACAGUUAGCACACGUUGAGGCUGUCUGCAUAGCCUGGUUUACAAUGGAGUACCUUUUACGCUUCCUGUCCUCACCAAAUAAGUGGAAGUUCUUUAAAGGUCCAUUAAAUGUCAUUGAUUUGCUGGCCAUUUUGCCAUACUAUGUCACCAUUUUCCUCACUGAGUCCAACAAAAGUGUGCUCCAGUUCCAGAACGUCAGGCGGGUGGUACAGAUCUUCCGUAUCAUGAGGAUACUCCGGAUCCUGAAACUUGCCAGACAUUCAACAGGCCUCCAGUCUUUGGGAUUCACUCUGAGACGGAGUUACAAUGAAUUGGGCUUGUUGAUACUCUUUUUAGCCAUGGGGAUAAUGAUAUUUUCUAGUCUUGUGUUUUUUGCAGAGAAGGAUGAAGAUGCUACUAAGUUCACCAGUAUCCCUGCCUCUUUUUGGUGGGCCACCAUCACCAUGACCACUGUAGGGUACGGUGACAUCUACCCUAAAACUUUAUUGGGAAAAAUUGUGGGAGGCCUCUGCUGUAUAGCUGGUGUGCUAGUGAUUGCUCUUCCCAUCCCAAUCAUCGUGAACAAUUUCUCUGAGUUUUACAAGGAACAAAAACGUCAGGAGAAGGCAAUUAAAAGGCGGGAGGCCCUGGAGCGGGCUAAAAGAAAUGGAAGUAUUGUUUCCAUGAACUUGAAAGAUGCCUUUGCUCGGAGUAUGGAACUUAUUGAUGUGGCUGUGGAGAAAGUGGGAGAUUCUGCCAACACUAAGGACUCAACAGAUGACAACCACCUGUCUCCAAGCCGAUGGAAGUGGGCCAGGAAGGCAUUGUCUGAAACCAGCUCCAACAAAUCCUAUGAGAAUAAGUAUCAGGAAGUGAGUCAGAAAGAUUCCCAUGAACAACUCAACAAUACUUCUUUAAGCCCACAGCACUUGAGUGCUCACAAACUGGAAAUGCUAUACAACGAAAUCACUAAGACUACACAGUCCCACUCACACUUGAAUGCCUCCGACUACCAAGAGCAGGCUGAAAAACCACCAGUAUACAAGGAGGAGAUUGAGAUGGAGGAGGUGGCCUGCCCUCAGGAGCAGCUGGCUGUGGCCCAGACGGAGGUCAUCAUGGACAUGAGGAGCACCUCCAGUAUUGACAGCUUCACCAGCUGUGCCACUGACUUCACAGAAACUGAAAGAUCCCCCCUCCCACCCUAUGCCAGCACUCACUUACAGAUGAGAUUCCCCCAUGACCCCACUGGGGCAGAAGAGCACCAAAGAGCCAAGGGACUCCCAUUUUUAACACUCACCAGGGAAAAAAGUUCUGCCCCUAGAGAUGUUAUAUUUGAAUAUACUCCAAUUGACACCACUGGGAGCCCAGACUCAGUAGUGCCCCAUUCUGGGUUGCAUGGUCCUCUGCAAUUUGACAGUGCAACAGAGAGUCCAAAAAGUUCUCUAAAAGGUAGCAAUCCCCUUAAGUCCAGGUCCCUGAAAGUGAACUUCAAGGAGAGCAGAGGCAGUGCCCCCCAGACCCCACCUAGCACUGCCAGGCCCUUGCCAGUCACUACCAUGGCAGACUUUACUCUAUCCACACCCCAACAUAUCAGCACCAUUCUCUUAGAGGAGAAUUCUCCCCAGGGAGAGAGACCCUUGCUGGGCACUGAGGUCUCAGGGCUCUGUCAAGGACCUGCAAAAGGUUCAUCCCCUCUGUUUCCCAAACAAAAACUAUUUCCUUUCUCUUCAAGAGAGAGGAGGAGCUUCACUGAAAUAGACACUGGAGAAGACGAAGACUUCUUAGAGCUCCAUGGAGCCUCAGAGGACAGGCAGCCAGACCCCAGCACAAAUUGCUGUGGGGAUAAGCAUAGUGAUGGAAGAGACCCUUUAAGAGAAGAGACCAGUGCUCUCUCUUCCUCCCCACAAAACUCAAGUCACAAUUGUAUGCAAGACAUUUACCAAGCUGUGGGCGAAGUGAAAAAGGACAAUAAUCAAGAAGGGUACAAGAUGGAAAACCAUUUGUUUGCCCCAGAGAUUCAUUCAAAUCCUGGGGAGACAGGUUAUUGUCCCACGCGUGAAACCAGCAUGUGACUAGUUAAAAAAGCAAUAAAAACUUAUUUCUUAAAAACCACAAUUAGUAAAGCCUAUGAACUAAAAAUGGGAAGCCUCCCCUAUCCUUCCCCCCUCUCAUGAAAACAAGUGCAUAAGAUGUUAUUUUUGCAUGGCAUGAACAGUUUAGUUUAAGUACUGUUUAAAUAAAGAGUUG